AUGAAACAGCACAGAGAAAUAAAUUUGAAGAAAACUGGGCACAGGCUCAGCAAAGCCAAACAGAAGAGAAACAGAAAAAGAAAGCCAAAACAGAACAGUCCUGGUAAAAUCAUGGAGGAAAACUCAAUUGAAACCUUAAGUUACCUCACACCAGGAGAUCAGGACCCACAUCAGAGUGAAGAGGAAGACUUAGAAGACACCCAAAGAGAAUUAGAGUGUUCCUUAACUAGUGCUCUGAGAAAUGAAGUAGGAGAUUUUGUGAAUGGCCAUAAAGAUGAAAGAUGGGAAAACAUAAUUUCUGAAAACAGUUUGCCAAAUGUUACGUCUGUCGUUGAGUUGGACGAUGCACCAAAGAAACACCUCCCCAAGGAAGAGGAUGACUUGUUUCUAAGUUUGUCAUUGAUGCCAAAUGAAAGCUCUGUUUCUUGCCCUACAGUGACUCAAAGUCUUUCCUUCGUAGCAAGUGAUGCCUGCUCCGGCACAAAGGUAGAAAAGCACAUUGAACAUCAGGAUAUCACUGCAUUAGACAUCCAGAACCGAUGUAUCGAAACCCCAUGCUCAAUUAUGCAGAAGAGAGAGACAGUGCAUGAGAGUCUCCUGAAUGAAACAAUUCUCUGCCCACCAUAUGGAUCCAGAACUUCAGAUAAAGUUUUAAGAAAAGAACAAGACAUAAAUACAACUAAACACAAUUAUUGGGCUGUUUUCUCAAAUGACUUAUCUGAUGUAGAAUUACCUUUGGGUUCUGAGAGACAACCCUAUUUUGGUAGCUGGCCUGAGGGACCUCAUAAGUUUGUGUAUGAACAGAGACCUAAGAAAGAGAGACGGCAAAAGCUGGCUUCUCCUGACAGCAGGGAGCAAUUGAUUAAAUUGAUCUCCACUUCUGAAGGAGUGUCAGAGCCAGGAAGCAGUACAGAAACAUUGACAGAAGAGAAGCUAUUGAUAGAAAAUGAAGAUUUGUCACCUCCAACUGAGAAUAUAGACUCAAUCAUAGGAACAGAGACAAAUCUCUGUAGAAGCUACUUCCUUCAGCUGGAUGUCCUAAGGAGUGCCUUACACUCAACGAAGAAUAAAAAAAGGGAGCAGAGAGGGAUUUUCACGUUGGCACCAGACUUAAAAUUACUGGGACAGAGUUAUAUCAGUGUAAAAGAAAGGGAGACAUGUGACUUGUUAACAGAAAGCCGUGGAAUAAACAUUUCUUUGGAAGAAGAAAAAGGCAGACUUUCAGAAAUAAGUAAUGAAGAUGAGAAUAAGCAGAAACUUACAACUUUCAAACAUCAUUCAUCAUGGUUUUACUUUGACGUUGUCAGAGAUUCUCUUCUAAAUGUUGGUGGACAGUUUUAUUCUCAUUACCUGCUGUUUAGUAGACUAAGGCACUCUGUGUAUUUUUACAAAAACCCCAUUCCUUCUCUUAUCUUGCAGUAUACAUCUAUCUUUUGGAAGAUAUCUUUUACAAGCAAGAAACCAAUUUUGACUUUCAACUCUCAAACAAGAGUAAAUGAUACAUUAAGUGAUGUAAAAUUUCCUUCUUCACAGAUUUUAAGUAGCCAGACUGAUACUUCAUACUCUUUUAGGGUCACUUCUGAUCUUCCCUUUUUAAACGAAAGGCUUGGCGAAAAGCUCGAGACAAGGGAAGAACCUAAGCCAUUACACUUCUUACAAACUGAGGAUAACCAAGAUUUAACAAGCACUGACUGCUUUGAUUCCCUUCAGCUACCAUUAUCACAAGAGUUUGCCUUUCAACUAGUAAAGCUUUUUGGAUCUCCUGGAGUUCCAGUGGAAUCUUUGUUGCCUGAUGACUACGUGGUUCCCCUUGACAGGAACACUCUGAAGAUGAUCUAUUUGCAGUGGAAGACAUCAGUAGAGAAAAGACAGAAGAAGAUUGGUUAAAAAAAAUGAGAAUUCCUUGAACUUUGAAGUCUGCAUCUUGCUGGUACUGUCGAAGAUCCUAACAUCAAGAGAGAGUGCUCAGUACAGACCCAAAGGAUUAUUUACAGCGAUAUACUCAUUGGAUACUGAAACUGGUACAAAUGAUCUGUUCAGCCAUUCUUGAUCAGUUUCCUGAAUACUAAUAAAAAAAAACUCAACAAAAGA